AUGGCAUUGUCACCUUCUGCAUCUGGUUCGUCCAUGGCCGGACGGGAGUUGUGGAGCUGGUGGGGUCAACAUUCACCCAUGGACGUAACGGCACAAUCAGGACAUCCUUGUCGGGUCGAGACAAGAGGGUGUGCAUGCGGACACUGGGGGGUAAAUAAGCGCACAAAAAAGCACAACGGUCAUGGUGGUUCAGCGUCGAGUGGCGGGUUCUGGUGGACGAGUGGAAAGGGAAGAGAGAGGAGGGGCUCGCAGACGGCCGACUGCCGUACAUUACUAUGCUCGCUUGAUUGCGAUACGUGCAGCGUCGCGAACAACCGCACGACUGCAAGCAUCAUUGCACAACCGCCAGACAGCUACACACCCAGCGGAAUCCGGGCGGCAGGACGUAGGGCUGCAGCCGGGGCUAAGAGGAGAUGA